AUACACCCUCUCUCUACAGUAGCAAAUCCUUACCAAUUUCCCUCUGUUCUUUAUGAGAAAAACCUCAAGAACUACGCUUUUAUCCCUGCAUGCCCAUGCAUCAAUCCCCUGACCCUAACCCUAACCCUUGUUCAUGAGUUGAUUAGCUACAAGUUUUCCAAUUUUUUAGACUGCAGAUUGAAACCCUAGACAUUAGAAGAGGCUAGAAGAUCAAGAUCUUUGCAAGGGUUGUUGUUGACAUUACAUGGACUAGAAAGAAAGAUGAUUGAAUGGGGAGAUGUUUACAAGGUGGUGGAAGCCAUGGCACCACUCUACGUUGCACUGCUGCUGGGCUACGCCUCCGUGAGGUGGUGGCACAUGUUCAGCUCCGAUCAAUGCGCCGCCAUCAACCGCUUCAUCUGCUACUUCAUUUUCCCAUUCUACAGCUUUGAUUUCACCUCCCAUAUCGACCCUUUCUCCAUGAAUUACAAGUACAUGGGGGCCGAUAUCAUGAGCAAGUUCAUCUGUGUUGCUGCGCUUGGCCUCUGGUGCAAGUGCAGUAGCAGAACCGGCAGCUAUGGCUGGUUCGUCACCUGCUUCAGUCUCUGCACAAUGACUAAUUCUCUCUUUAUCGGGGUGCCCAUUUUAGAGGCCAUGUAUGGCCGGACGGGGGUCAAUCUCGUCCUCCAGGCUUCCGUCGUCCAAGUCAUUAUCUAUAGCACCGUCUUCUUGAUUCUCUUGGAGUUCUGGAAAUCUUUCGUUUCUUUAAACAAAACAAUUCCUGAGGACUCUAAUAUUGCACCGGUGGGGGCUGCAGAGGAAGAUUUGGAAGGGCAUAGGACGACGGAGGUGUCGGAAAGCUCGGGGCCGUCGUCUUUCUGGCCACUGAUGAGGAACGCGUUGCUGAAACUCGUGAAGAACCCAAACAUUUAUGCCUGUGUUCUUGGCCUCAUUUGGGCUUUUCUAUCAAAGCGGUGGCAUAUUGGAAUGCCAAAAAUUGUGGAGGGAUCCGUACAAAUCAUGUCAAGAGCUGGGACAUCCACUGCCAUGUUUAGUCUUGGGUUCUUCAUGGCAAUGCAAGGAAAGGUGAUGGCAUGUGGAGCGACUCUGACUGCGUUUGGGAUGAUUAUAAGGUUCAUUGCUACACCGGUGACCAUGGGGGUGGUCGCCUUGGCAAUUGGCUUGCGUGGCAAUGUUUUGCGCAUCGCCAUAAUCCAGGCUGCAUUGCCACAAUCACUUGCUUCAUUCGUCUUCGUCAAGGAAUAUGGCUUGCAUACAGAAGUGAUUAGCACUGCGGUGAUCCUUGGAAUUAUAAUUUGUCUUCCCUUGUUGGUUGCAUAUUACGCGAUUUUGGUAUACAUAAGAUGAUCUCUUUGAUUAAAUACUUUAAAGAAAAGGCCAUAAUUGUUCUCAUCAACUCCAAUAAGGGCCAUUCAUCCAUCGUGGUUGAUUAAUUAAGAUUAGAUUAUAAACCAAGCUUACCAUCAUGUGAAUUAGAUUAAGUAAAUGCAUCUUAAAUUAAGGAAACAUAAUGUUUGUUUCUUAGAUUUUUUAUCAAAACUUGAGAUAUUCUUAUUGCUUUGUGCAAUAAGAAACAAUGAACACAACUUUAGUCUUAUAA